AUGCCACGCCGCAACCCCCGGCGCGCUCGAGGCCGACAGCCCGAACAGUCAAAACAGGAUGAUACCGAUGCGCGCGUAUUAGUCACUGGGGAUACGUGGCGGCCCGGUAGGGCGUCCACCGCUCAAUACGAAAACGGAUACUAUGCGCAGCAUGAGAGCUUCGCCUGGAGGGAUAGGGAUAGCUGGAGACCUGGGAUGAAUGCGUCUACUCCACCAGGGAAUCAGGGCUCGACCGCGGGUGGCUUUGGCCCGUAUUCGCAACCCGCUCCAUACUGGCAAACUGGAAUGCCACUGCACAAUCAGCGCCAGGAACAACGAUUCCAGGCGAGUGGACAGCGUCAACACACAUAUUAUCCUCCUGCCUACGCACCUGGUCCUUUUCCGUCCAUUUCACCGGCGUGGACCGGUUCCCCCUCUCCCCUCUUAAUCAUUCUCGAUAUGAACGGCACUCUGAUCCAUCGUAAACGGCGUUCGGCGAUAUCAUUCGUCCGACGGCCGGGUCUUGACGGUUUUCUGAACCACAUCUUCGACCGAUACACGGUCAUGAUCUGGACGAGCUCGAAAGCGACGACUGUGAGGGAGGUAUUGAAGCGCCUUGUUCCCUCCAAUAUGCAAUCCAGAUUUGCUACGAUUUGGGCUCGAGACAAAUUAGAUCUCACGAAAGAACAGUACAAUGAGAAAGUGCAGGUCUAUAAACGGCUGGAUAAAAUCUGGAACGAUACAUUUCUACGCUCGCGGUAUCCCAAAUCCAAGGCUGGCGGGCCUGCUGAAAAUCACGGCUGGGAUCAUACCAAUACCAUCUUGAUCGACGAUAGCAGGAUAAAGGCCGCGGGUCAGCCGUAUAACAUCAUCGAAAUCCCCGAAUUCACCAACGACGCAUCCGUCGACGAAGAGAGAAACAUGAAAAUCGUCAUGCGGCAGCUUCGAAUCCUCUCCCGCCAGCAAGACGCUAGCAGGAAAAUCCGCCAAUGGAACGAGAUGAUGAAAACCGCAGAUCCGGCGCUUUCGACCACCGAGUUCUGGGAGGCGGAGCUGAGCCGGGACGAAGAACGGCUGGGAUUGGAGCCUGAUGUCACUUCUGGGGUUAGAAAGAGGAGGAGAAGCAAAAAAGGGGCAAGGCGUCUGGAGGCGGAUGUUGAGCAGGAAAUCGAAGAGACCCAAUCAGCUCUGGACGCAAGGGUCCAUAUCACGGAGGAUUCCCAGCUGGAAGAUCAAUGUAGCGAUGUCACGGACGACGAGCCCGAGAUAUCAGUGCCCAAGGACAUUAUCGAACAGGAUCCUGCUAUCUCCACCACACCCAGCGUCCCGCGAUAG